CACACACCAUGGACACGUUUCUCACACGCUCCCGCUGCUACAAUUAACCCUGAGUACGGUUGCGAGCUGCGGACAGAAAGCUUCCCGCCUCCCUCGCAGACUCCAGAACCCAGUCCCCCCGGCUGGAGGAGACAUGAAGAGGCUUUUGGUGAGAGCCGUGCGGGACAAAGCCAUGAAGCCCUGGCUGCUGCUGGCUCUGCUCGGAUUGAGUACUGGGUCUAUUACUGGGCCCAGUAAACAGGAAGACGAGGACUAUGAUGACGUGCCCAUAAAUAAGACAUGGGUGUUAUCACCGAGGGUCUACGAGAGCGAUGUGACUCUGAUCCUGAAUAAACUGCUGGAGGGCUACGACAACAAACUGCGGCCUGACAUCGGAGUGAGGCCAACAGUGAUUGAAACCGCAGUGUAUGUCAACAGCAUUGGACCGGUGGACCCCAUCAACAUGGAGUACACCAUUGACAUCUUCUUCGCCCAGACAUGGUACGACAGCCGACUGAAGUUCAACAGCUCGAUGAAGCUGCUCAUGCUCAACAGUAACAUGGUAGGCAAAAUCUGGAUUCCUGACACGUUCUUCAGGAAUUCUCGCAAAUCGGACGCCCACUGGAUCACCACUCCCAACCGCCUCCUGAGGCUGUGGAGCAACGGCAGAGUCAUGUACACACUGAGGUUGACUAUUAAUGCGGAGUGUUACCUUAAGCUGCAUAACUUUCCAAUGGAUGAACACUCGUGUCCACUGGAGUUUUCAAGCUAUGGUUAUCCUAAGAAUGAGAUCAUGUACCGGUGGCAGAGACGGGCAGUGGAGGUGGCAGAUCAGCGCUUCUGGAGACUCUACCAGUUCGCCUUUGUAGGGUUGAGGAACACUUCAGAUGUGGCACACACCCAGUCAGGUGAAUAUGUAAUCUUGACAAUCUUUUUUGACCUGAGUCGGAGAAUGGGCUACUUCACCAUCCAGACCUACAUCCCCUGCAGUAUGAUCGUGGUCUUGUCCUGGGUCUCCUUCUGGAUCAACAAAGAUGCCGUUCCAGCCCGCACAUCUCUAGGUAUUACUACAGUGCUGACGAUGACUACUCUAAGCACCAUCUCCAGGAAGUCCCUGCCUAAGGUGUCCUAUGUCACUGCCAUGGAUCUGUUCGUCUCCGUUUGCUUCAUCUUCACCUUCGCUGCCCUCAUGGAGUACGGCACUCUGCACUACUUUACCAGCAACAGACCGACCAAGAAGUCCAAAGUCAACAACAACACACAGCAGAAAGCAUCCAGCAUGAUGAAUCUCCGCCCCGGCACGUCCCUGCUGCAGAUGAACAACAUUGUGCCCUAUCACGAGGAGGAGGACUAUGCUUACGAGUGUUUGGAUGGAAAAAACUGCACCAGCUUCUUCUGCUGCUUCGAUGACUGCCGCUCAGGUGCCUGGCGUGAAAACAGGAUGCAUGUGCACGUUUCCAAGAUUGAUUCAUACUCGCGAAUAUUCUUUCCCACUGCUUUUGGCCUUUUCAAUCUGGUUUACUGGAUUGGAUAUCUGUAUCUAUAAAACCAGAACAUCUAAAAAAAGACGACUGGAGUUUAACAUCUGCAAGCAUUUAAAAGCAUAGCUGCUAUUGUAGCAUUAGGAAUAUUAGCUUUGUUGGCAAACAAGAAAACCAAAUUGCAAACUAAUUAUGAAUGAACUCUGUCCCUACAGCCUAAGAACAAUAUGGAUAUUUCCUAUCCCUAGUGAAUAAUGCAUUAAUGAUUAUUGCGACUCAUUGACCUUUUCGUCUGGCACCAAAAUGAAGAUUCCUCUUUACAUGCAUUUUAAAAAGCUAAAGGAUUCAUUUCCAUAAAAAAAAUUCUGGAUUUUCUCAUUGGCAGGGGAUUGAUUCCAUUUGAUAUGAGCCUUAACCGUGAAAUGGAAAUUACAUACUUGAAGAUCUUCCCUUAUGGAAUUGCCUCACUCCCAAACUAAAGGGGACACGACUUUCCUUGUUGGUCGGCAUAGCAGAUUAUGUAGAUUAAGUCUGCCAUUUUCACUAGUGUUUUGUAAUUGAACUAUUAGGUAAGAGCCCUGAUUAUAUAAUUCCUCUAACAUUGGGAUCUUAACAUUAAGGUAAACCUAAAAACUAAAUAAAGCCAAAUGAAAUGUUUCCUUUGUCAACUAAGUUAUUCAUGUUAAUAGCUAAAUCCCCUCCUUCUAGAUCUAAGGCUUACCACACUCUUAGUGCGUGUGUCUGCAUAGCAUUAACUUCUGGCUCAUUGUGUGAUAGACACGCAUCGCCCCUUUGCUUUUUAUUAUCUGUUUUUACAAUGCUUUGGAGAACUGGAUACGUCAUUAGGGACAUUUGAUCAGUGUCGCAUUGAGCCAAAAUGACCUGCCUAUCGAGAACAAAAACACCUGGAUCAUCCUGGGUCUUGGAACCAUAGAGCAUGCACACUUGCUCUCUCUCUAUCGAGAACAAUUGAGAAACUGCACCUGUCAUUCUUAUUUCAUCAGGAAAGGGCAACAUAGCAAAGGAAAAUGUAGGCCUGAAUCUGAAACUCCAAACUUGCAAAUUUUGGAAUUAAAACCUCCUCAUAUUUAAAUAGGACAAUCAUUUGAAAGGCUUUUUUAAGAAUCAGCAGUUUUGAAACUUGAUUCAAAUUGGUUUGCAUUCUGUGAAACCCUACCCACAGCAGCUUUGAAUGCAGAAAUGUUUGCACGAGUUAGACUCCAGUCUAAACAGGAGAUAUUGCCAUCAAACCUAAAAAAAAUUACACAAAUGUGUGUUUACUCUUUGCCGCUGUGCUAUUGAUAUUGUUGAGAAGCAGGAUAAAGAGGCCAAUAAGCUCUUAUUAUUCUUUAUUGAUUUGCAGGAAUGUGGGGUACUAUUGGUCACUUCAACACCAGAAGGGAACAUACCUUUAAUGUUCAUAGGGUUCUAUUUUUCUAGGCGACACCUCACAGCGUUCUGAUUGGUGGGGUCCUACAUGGAACGCAUUUAUAAAGUUAUUCAAACAGUGAAUUCAUGAACAAUGAUGUAUGUUUUCAAAGAGCCAGACUUUAUACUCUGAUAUAUCAUAUGUCAUAAGACUGACCGUUGACAGGUCAGGACAAUGGUCAUAUACUCUUUAAUUCAGUAGUCAAGUCCUAUUUCGAGAUUGAUACAGCAAAUUGAUUUGGUUUCUGAAAAGGUUUGAGAAAAGAAUGUCCUUUACUAAUUAUAAAUGACUUAUAUACAGUUCUGUUGCAUGUAAAAGACUCACUGUGUGGACAGAUAUGGUUGCCACCCUGCAAACCACCUGACACACAAAAUGAACAAACAUAUCUCCAGCAACAUCCUCUCAGAAUUACUCUACAUCUAAUAUAGUGUGGGCACUGGGCAGCCACCAUCAUAACAGAAGAAUGUACUAUUAUAGACUUCAAACUGAUUUGUUCCCCUCCAUUUCUUACAUAUUUGAUCCAAUCCCAGUUUACUAUAGAUGGACAUCAUCAGGUUGAAUCAUUUUUCAGAUUCUAGUCAGUUUGGAUCAAUUCAAAGAUUAAGAUUUACCUUUAAAUCACACCACAAAGAGAUUGCAUGAACAUUCAUUACAGCGCUGUCUCUGACACGUUUUUUUAUUCAGAUGCAAGUUAAGACUGUUGCUGGAUCCAACUGUUCCUUCACUUCAGCACAAAUCAAACCAACCAAAGUAACCACCUUUCUGUUCCAACUCUCAUGAUUGUUCCUGCGGCUAACUUUCAUUAAGCUAACCAGGAAGUAAGACUUAUGACAAAGCAGAGCGAACAAUGGCAUUUUCACUUGAUAGUGAUGGGAAAACAGCCUAUCUGUACAGUGAUACAAAUCUCAAGCACUCAAUCCAUAAGUUAUGAUUAAAUGAGCAGCACCAGCAGUUCUUAACAAGACGCUAAGAGUGUGUUUGUUAAUAGUCACAGUUCGUGAACAGGGAGCACCGUUCGAAUGUUCGGAUAUUCAGAAUGGCUCACCCCUCAAAGCUGCAGAGCGUACAGAAAAGUUACUUUUAAGCCCAACUAAUCAAUAAAACAUUUUGAUAGCUAACAUUUUGUUAGCUGUAGCCUACACUUUCUUAUUUAUUUCAUAGGCACAUGUUUCAUCAUCCUCACUGAUACAUAAAGAGGCAACACAUUUUUUAAAUAUACAUGUCAAAAGGAAAAUGUAUUUGUGUAGAAAUAGAAUGCUUGGUUUCUUUGAACAGUAACAUUAUCAUUUUAGCGUAGAGCUUCAGAUCGGAUAAACAAACAGAACCUAAGAGCAAGUCUCCCUGACGGUCAUCUCUACAUGCUCUGGGACAAACAGUAAGGAAGGUUUGUUCAGGGGGAAAGUGAGGUAAUGUCAGCUACUGCAGGCCAUACAAUAAUAACCCAAAGCAUCAUCAUUAUUUUCUCUGCAGCUCAGUACAGAAAGUAUAAGAGUUUUUGCAAAGUAAAAGAUUUCGUAAGCUGACAGUGUUUUAUGGAAUACGCAAGGUUGUCAGUAUUUAAAAUUGUUGCCAUUAUUGGAGAAUAUAUACCAUAACAUACAUUUUAAAGUACAGCAUUACAUUUCAUGGAAAUGUAUAAAAGAUCCAGGUUCCAGCCCUAAAACAACUGUACUCUUUUUAGAUCUUCUGUAACUAUACUGUACAUCCAUACAUCCUAAUUCCUUUACACUCUGACCCAGGUGAGUAUUACUUCAGGUAUCUUUCUCAUGCUCUAAAAUGUAGGAAUGGAAAUGUGAGACAUGCAGAUACAGGGAGAGGAACAUGACACACCAACAUCAGCCCUUAACAAAACCACAGACAAGAGGUUUUUGAACUUUUUCACAAACACCAAAGAACUGUCGUAAACAGUGGCAUGUCCUGCCCAGUUCUAAUUGCUGCACAUAUGUAAAACAUCAAGUAGUCUUUUCACAUAAAACAGCAUUUCUGCAUUGUUGAGAUUCCAUAUAUGUUUAUAAAAUGUUCAAGGUGACACUAUAGUUAUUAAUGAACUGACAUUUCAGUAAAAAGUCAUGUCUGAGGUGUAUUCAACCAUGCAAAACUAACAAGGAAUGUACUGAUAGCUACAUUCAUCUAUGCAAACAUGAACUGUGUUGCAGUUGUUUUCUUACGGUGUGGUAACUCCUUAUUGAGUAUUCAUAGGAUAAUUAAUAAGAACACCUGAUUCAUGUAUUAGAAACAUUUGACACAAAAAAUAUCUGUAUUUUGUUUUUCUACUCAGCUCAAGUACUACAGUAACUCCACUUCCAAAACACCUAACCCAGUUUUAAUACACGGCAUACCAAACCAAUUUGUGUUCUUCAGAUGUCCCUCCUCAAUAUUGGUACACCUUGCAACCAGGGUGCAACUAAAUUAGUAGAAAUUCCAGAACACAAAUGCAAAAAGAUUUGGUUAUAAUAGAGAUAAACAUGUUGUCCUUACUGUUGGUGCGUUCACACCGGACGAAAAGCCAAUGUUUUGCGCGUCAAUGCAAAGAAACAGAUGUUGCUGUCUGCACUGGCGUACUGACGUUGUUGAAUUAGAAAACAAAACAUCAGCCUUUGGCUUUGCGCGUCCUGUUUGAAUGACUCGAGUAAACACAACUGAGUGCCAUGGUGAAACUCGUGCGAGCAGGUGAUAACCACCUUUAGGGUUAGGGUUAUGUGCAUAAAGCAUUUCCACAGCACAAUACUUCCAGCAUUUAUCAAUCUGCUGUUCUCAGUUUCUUCUUUUAACAAAUACUGCCCUCAUUAACUAAUUCAAUGCAGGUAGUUGUACUUUGCAAUUCCUGCAAGUUUUUUCAAAUCAAAGCCUUCCAGUAGCUUAAAGGGUAUACUGCAUACCCCUUUAAAUAGCCGUUUGGUGUGAAGCACUCAAAGUAAGUGUUUGGUUUCGAUAUUAGUUUAACAAUGAAACAAAUAAAAUAGCAAUCGGAAUUUGUUAGAAAAAUCUCACUCGUCACCGGCUUGGUCUUACAUACCAGGAUACAUGUAUUUAUUAUCCUUUCAAGAAUGGAAGUAGUCAUCACACACAGAGGCUGCAUGGGACAGAGAGUGUUACACAGUCACAAGUUGCAGAAUACAGGUUCAAAGCAGUAUUCUGGCCUUAGUUCAGAUUAGCUAAGGCCCACGUAAACAAUAAACAUGACAGCCAUAUGUCUAUCUCCAUAGAGGCUGAAUCAUCAUGUUAAUCACAUAGCUAUCAUAUGCCUCAAACAGUCCUGAUGCUCUUCUAGGUAAUCAGACAUCCGGUUAUGUACACAGCUACGUAGGGCCUUUGCUAUCAUGUGCUACUCUGAUAUUAGAAGAGCACAUUCAGUAUCUUCCCAACAGAAUUGGAAGGGAGUUGACACAGCAUUUAUUUUUCAUUGGAUUUUAUUAUGCAUAUCGUCCUGACCCAAUCAGAAUAAUAAAAGAAUGUGUCCCACAAUAUUCACGAAACUAAAAAGAAGAGACAUUUCACAAAUGUAAUCCAACAUUUUAUAAACACUGACCAAAACAUUAGUUAAUGCAACUCACACCCAUUGUAUCUAAAGAGAAACUGGAAGCAGCAGUGUGACAACUUUAAAAUGAACUGUCGAAAUGAGUGCUGUUGAAAUGCUUCGUACAUAACGAAUGGAUUACUGAAUUUAUGUGACCCAAUAUAGUGUUUUUAUUCAGAUGCCUUUCAGUGUUUCUUUGUUAAACACAGCUUCAAUUUAGGAUACUUUGUAUUGGUUUGUACUAGCCAAACAUAGCAGAUGUUUUAAUUGAAGAAUGAUUAUAGGCUAGUUUAACUACCCACCAGUAAACUCUGUCCACACACACAUUCACCAGAGUCUGGUUCACUUUGAGUCUCUACAGCCAAAACACACACAGUUCCUCUUACCUCUGCUGCAGUCAAAUCUUUUAAGAAGUGUUGCUGCUUCCUUUCACAUUAUUCUUUUAACGUAGCAAAAAUAAAACAAGGAGCAUGUGCAAUUGGUACAUAUUCUUCUAAUGUAGCACAGCAGGCUGGCUAUUCCAGUUAUACUGUACCAAAAGGAAAUUCUAUAGAUACAUGGGUUUCAAAUUAUCAUAAUGACAGUGCUUUUAAAGAUAGCAUUUUAAUAAAGUGUUGGUCUUAUAUCUUUUUUCACUAAAUGCAUAUGUUCAUAUUUGGGGAUAUCAAUUAAAAUUAAAAAAUGUAAUGUGCUUAAAUAUUUAUACCACAGAUUACAUCAAGCAUUAGAAAAAAGCAAGCACCAUUUGCUUUUCAGCGCUUCUUUGCCCAAAUGUUGUAGCCGCGCUGCUGAUUAUAUUAAUUGCAGAGUAUAAUUUCAGGUAUUUUUGCACGUUUUGGCAAAGCUGUGUCUUAGGGUUAGCUCUGUGGGCUCAUGCCUACUUAUGGCAGGAGGGUCCAUUAGACUCUAUAGGGCCCUUUGUUCCCCCAGUGGCAAAACUCAUCUGUCUUGGCUUAAAAAAACGAUUGUUUUCAUAAUGUAUGUAUAAAAAACAAGUUUAUAUGGCUUUUAAUCUUUGUAAAGUGUAACUCAAAUGAUUCAUCUAAGUGCUUCACAGGUUGCUCUGUAACUCCUGUAAAUGUCUGACAUGUUGCAUAUCCAAUCCUGUAAUUAGCUGUAGACUUCAAAAAUCAAAUGCUGUAUUUGUUCAGCCCGACAACCUCAACAUAUUCAAUGAUCCUGUGAAAAGGAGAGCAGGGUUGUCUGUUAUACUAAUUGCUAAUAGGCAUACUGCUAUGUAUUGCAUUCAACUCAAGCAAUAUAAACACAUAUCAUCUGUGUACAAUGUCAUUCUCUGUAAAUGUUAUUCAUACUGUAUUGUGACUAACAAUUCAAAACACUGUGAAAAUAAAGCAGUGCCUGGAAAAAGUCAAA